AUGGGCUUCAACGUCUUCCACGUCCUCGGCGACGUCUCCCACACCGUCUCCAAGCUCAUCCUGAUAUGGGCCAUCCACGCCAACAGCAGCGCUGAAGGUGUCUCCCUCAUCACGCAGGUGCUCUACGCCCUCGUCUUCUGCUCGCGCUACCUCGACAUAUUCACCACCUCGCCCGCGCGCGACUUUGGCCACACAUGGAACUUCUCGCUAAAGAUCUUCUACACCCUGUCUUCGCUCUACAUCAUAUUCCUCAUGACUAGCGUCUACGCUCGCACAAGGGAGCGCGAGAAGGCCUGGAAGUUUGGCAUGUACUGCCUGCUCGCACCCAUCGCCAUCACCCCCGUCUGGUACUGGCUGUUCCGCGAGACCGUCAUUGGCAGGAACGCCUUCUUGAGGGUCAUGUGGGUCUUUUCCGAGAUUCUUGAAGCAGGCGCUGUCGUGCCGCAACUUUUGCUGCUGCGCCAAACAACCGUGCCAACCGUGCUCGACUCCUUCUACCUGGUCGCGCUCGGAGCCUACCGCUUUCUCUACAUUCUGAACUGGAUCACCCGUGCGACGAAAGAGGAUGAUUACAGUGACCCUACAUCCUGGGUAUGGGGAACCAUACAGACUGCGCUUAUCCUCGACUUUGCCUGGGUCUAUUGGAGCCGACAGCGCGUGAAGCUCCGACGAGGUGGUGUCGUAGACUCGGAAGACCUGGGCCGCGGUUGGCUUGUUGGCCGCUUUGUCGGUCGGAAAAGUGUUGAUUUCGACUACGACGAAGAAGAAGCGCGGCCCGCCGACCAGGAAGCUCGCCCACAGAAUGCUUGGGGACGCCGAGGCAUCUCUGUCUCUGCAGACGAGGAUGUGCAUGGCGCCCCUCGCCGCAAGAGUCCCGGGCCUGGCAAUGCAGAUCCAGAAGCCCAGCCUCUAGCAGACCCUGCCGCUUUUGAGGAUGAUGAGAGCGAUGAUGGUCUGGAUUCGCCCCCUCCAGCAGCUCGAACAGCACACGAGAGUGGAGUAAUGGGUGGCGACGAGUGGAACGAGGAUGUCGAUGCAGACGCACAGGAGCAUACAGGAGUUCCCGAACGAACUUCCUAA